ACAAAUUUUUAUCAAACAUUUUCAGUGGUCUUUAACAUAAAUACAAAAACAAACACACAAACGAAAAACAAAAUCAGUUUUUAAUUAAACACAAAUUAAAAAUUUGUUUAAAACAACAAUGUUGCAAACAUUGAAUUGCAUACGCAUGGGAGAAGUACUUUUAGAUGAAAAUCUACAACUAUUUAUUCUCUGCAACAACUGUCACACAGACUUGCGAAAUUUACAUGAUUUUCGGCAGCAUUUGGAAAAAUGUGAGGGAUUGGAAAAUCUUUUCCGAAAGGGACAACAACACAUCAAAUACAAUAGUGAUAAAAGUACGCAAUUGUUUGGUAAAACACUGAAAGGCAUCAAGGAGUUUUUAAUAUACGACUACAAUGAUGUAGAGGUGACAUACGCCAAAACAGAGGAACAUUUCAUAGAUAUGAUUAAUAUUGAGGAAGAGUUAUUAGAUCCCAAAUGGUAUUCUGAUUUAAAUGCCGAGGUCAGUAAUAAUACUUCGGCACAGAAAUCAUCCAAACAAUAUGAUGAAUUAGUGGAGGCGGUAACUCCCUUUGUGCAAUUUAAGGAAAAUCUUAAAUCCAACAAUAAUGGCAACAAUAGCGUAAAAUCUAACUUGGCUAAAUCUAGCACCGAACUGAAAGCUCAUACAAAAGAUUCGGAGAAAACCUUAAAAAAUGUCCAAUUUGAUUUGACCACCAAUAAGGUUAGGCCAACGGCCAAAAGAAAACUAUCAAUGCCAAAAACAGUACCCAUACAUUUUACCAUACCAUCACCACCAGCUUCCGCACAAUUAAACGUGAACAGCAAUACAUUACUUAGUACUGCACCUAUUUCAACAGUAUCCAAAAGCUAUACUAGUAAAAAACGCAAAUCAGAACCCAUAACAUUGAAUGGUUUUGUAAAGCCGCCAGAAAAAAUAGCAAUUCCCACAAAUAACACACAGCAGCAAAUUACUAACAUACUUCCCCCAACAACUAUACCCACUAACAUAGUAUUAAAUCCCAUAGCCUGUAAAUCAACCAUCAUACCCACAACCAUCAUUAAACAAGAACCCACAAAGGAAAAACAGACAGCCCAAAUAUUAAAUAAAUUGCAAAAUUUAGGUCUACAAGUAAAACGCACACAGCCACUGCCUCCACCGGCAGUUGCAAAUUCGACGGCGCCCAAUAAAACUGAUACCAAGACCUUAGAAAUUCUACAAAAGCUACAGUCUAAGGGAAUGAAAGUGAAAAUCUUAAAUAAACAACAGACCACUGAAACACGUGUUAAUAAUACAAUGGCCAAGCCAUUGCCAGGAAUUGUUCCAAAUCCUGCACAAAAACCCACAAGUGUCAUACGUAACCCAGCUGCGAAGAUGGCCAUUAAGCAAAAUUUAAAUAAGAAUUUAAUUAUAAGAAAAGUUAACUAAUAAUUUGUACUUACCACUCAACUCUUUAAAUUAAGUUUUUUUCACAAACAAUUGCAAUUGAAGAAGAAAUUGUAAAGCUUAAAAUUUAAGCAAUAAACAAAUUAUAAGUCACUCAAUAUAAAACAAAACAAAAA